CACAAUUCACGCCCGGCGCUCGCAGCUGAGAGCCGCCCGUGGUUACCGCAGCUGAGUACGCAAAGUACGUAAGUUCACAGUGGCCGUCGGUUCAUUGAUAACAGUCAGGCCGGUUGUGUCUCAGCAGGGCGUUGGUAACAACUGCAGAUCAACGAUGGCGAAGCGGAGGAUCACACAGGAGACCUUUGACGCUGCUGUCAGGGAAAACAUGGAGGAGUUUGAGAUGGACCCUGACGAGGCUCUGAGGGAGGCUGUGGAGCAGUUUGAGUCUCAAGGUGUGGAGCUCAGUUGUAUAGUAAAAGCAGUACCAGCUGUGUCAUCUGAAGACAAGCAAGAAGAGCAAACACAUGAAGUCUUACAGGCUUUGGAUUCCCUCCGAAUUGGAAAAGACUCUGCCAGCGUUGCGGACAUGACAGCAGAUAUAAAACGCUUCACCGAGCAUUGCUCACUAGGAUUUGCUCAGAGGUACCUGGCAGCCCAAAAAGACGCCUACCCCGUCAUCCUCUCUUGCUGCAAAAAAAGUUUGGAGGAUCAGGAAGCUGUGUUGACCGCCCUGUCCGCUCUGGCUGCACUGACAGAUGGACAGCCGGACUUGUUGGAUGCAGAGGGCCAGCAGUUCCUUUUGGAUGUCCUUAAAAAGUACCAGGCAGUUUCCUGUGUGACGCGUGUAGCCAUCCACACUGUGCGUCACUGCUGUUUGAAACAUGAACAGAACAGGCAGGAUUUUGUAAAAGGCGGUGUCCUGCCUCUGAUGACUGGUGCCCUGAAACAACACAGUGGAUGUGCUGAGCUGGUCAAGGAGGCCUCCGCAGCUCUUAGGGUCAUGACCUUCGACGAUGAUGUCCGAGUUACAUUUGGGCAUGCUCACGAACACGCCAAGAGUAUUGUUCUCGAGCACAAUGGACUGAAGGUUUUAAUUGAGGCUGCGAAAGCUCACUUCGAUAACACUUCUGUUCUGAGUGAGCUUUGUGCGACUUUGUCCCGUCUGGCUGUAAGGAAUGAGUUCUGUCAAGACGUCUGUGAUCUGGGAGGAUUGAAAAUCAUGAUGACGCUGCUUGCAGACAGCUAUGAGUCACCGGAGUUGGUUCGGCAGGUCCUCAGCGCAAUACGAGCCAUAGCAGGAAAUGAUGACGUGAAAGACAUGGUUGUUAAUGCUGGGGGAGUCCAGCUCAUUGUCAUUGCUAUGAACAGACACAUGAGCAACCCUGCGGUGUGUGAGCAGGGCUGUGCAUGCCUCUCUGUACUCGCUUUGCGUAAACCUAACAACUGCAAAGUCAUCAUGGAGAAUGGAGGUGCCUUGGCAGCUAUUCAGAGUAUGAAGACACACAGUGAUGUUGUCAAUGUGCAGAAACAGGCGUGCAUGUUGAUGAGAAACCUGGUUUCACGUAUGCAAAACUACAGCCAGCCAAUCCUGGAGAUGGGAGCAGAGGCCCUGAUAGCCCAGGCCCUAAAGACCCAUCAAGACUGUGGGGACGUGGGUAAAGCAGCCCUCAGAGAUCUGGGAUGCCAGGUGCAGCUCCGAGAGCUGUGGACCGGCAAACAUGGCAGCCUCACUAACUGAAAGUAGAAGAGAGCAUUCCUGUACACCCUUACCAUAACAUGAAAGAAGAAAUGCUAUCAUGUUGGAAUACAUAGCCACAACUUUAAGCAUAAGCACCUACACAGCUAGACAUAUUUGUAAAAAGUAGUUAAUGUAGAAAAGGCUUGUGAGUGAACAGUCCCACACGUCGCCUUCGAGAGGUUGAGUAGUCCUAUUUCUGUUACUUGUAGUCCUGUUGUACAUGUUUAGCUUGCUAUUAAUAUUUUGUUAACAAACUUUUUUCUAUAUGUACCAAAUUUAAGUUGACAAUAUGUCAAAUGUGUGUUUUGUGCCAUGGAUAAAUAUAAAUGUAUUUGCUGAUGUGCAAAUACUUUAACUGCACUGGUUUGUGCAGAUUAUUUAUCCAUGUUGGCAGAGCAAAAUGUUGACAUUGAAAGCCUUAUACUUUUACCAGAACGUGUUUGUUUUUAUAGUUUGUACAGUACAGUAAAUGCCUGAUUUUUAGUCCACUGACAACAUCACCCUGUAUAUUCUGCAUGGUCACGAUAAAGCUCACUUUCAGCCUUUA